AUGCGAAAAUGGAAAACAAAUUGUGGGGAAUCUGCAGGAAGUUUGACGACGAAUACGAAAAAUGGUGAAAUCCAGAAAGUUCUGGAAACAGAAGAAGCCUGCUUGAACUCUCGACCUCUAUCACCUAUUUCGGCUGAUCCAACAGAUCUUCAGCCUUUGACUCCAGGUCAUUUCCUAAUAGGAGCUCCAUUUUUGUCGAUAACAGAACCAAAUGAUUCUGUAGAUUCUUUGACCUUGUCUUCUAGAUGGACUUUAAUUCAAAAACUUAGAGCUAAUUUCUGGAACCGUUGGAGCGUAGAAUAUCUUACUCAUUUGCAGAACCGCUCAAAAUGGAAUCAAGUGAGGUCCAAUCUCAAGGCAGGACAACUGGUCUUGUUAAAGGAUAAAAACAAGACACCCAUGAAGUGGACACUAGCUCGCAUCGAGGAAACCUUUCCUGGUGCAGAUGGACUAGUACGUGUCGUAGACGUCAGAACAUCAGAUGGAAUCUUUCGCCGAGCCGUCUUCAAUAUCAGUCCACUCCCAUUUCCAAAUGAUGUUGGACAAUCGUCCAACGGGGCCA